AUGUCUUACGAGAAUGAGAGCGACGGAGUAAUGAUUGAUUCUCCUGAGCCUGCUUCCUCCACUUUCCACCACCAAAAUCGCCAUAGCCACCUACUUGACGAAACCCACGGCCAGAAAGCACCAAACACCACCACCACACAAGGUAUUCCACCACCGUCAAAGCAUAACAACGAAAUCCACGACCAGAAAACACUAAACACCACCACCACCACACAGGGUAUUCCACCACCACCAAAGCAGAACAACGAAACGCAGCACCGUGAAGUACCGCCACAGCGAAUCAAUGAAACCCAACACCGUUGA